AUGAGCAUGUCUCCGACGACCAAACCAGUGCGCAACGUUAAAGUCAACGUUCCCAGACACAACUCGCAGCGCAUAGGUCCAGCGGUGACCGCGCAGGUGGAAACCUACGCUCGCGAAGACCGUGUGCGCAUCGACAUUAGCCAAACCGCACCGGAUCCCAAUAGUGCCCUCGGGCAGGCCAUUGAAAGUGCGUCAGAAUGGAACUCUCUACUUCUGACUGCUCGCGCAGAGAGGGGUCCUCAAUGGGAUAUCGGAACACAGCAGUUUUUAGUAGAGGAGUACUCUGAUUUAUAUUAUGACCCAACUGCCCUACUUGCAUACCAGAAGGAGGCUCGUCCUCCCAUGGACGGCGAAGACGUCCCUUCUACCUCUACCAACACUGCCUCCAACGAGCAGAAGAUCCAGGAACAGCUUCCUGGGACGCCCCGGAAUGCAGCUCAGCGUCCUCCCACCACACCUCAUACGCCACACCACAGCUCCAACCAGUUUUUUUCGAACAACUUACCGCCCAACAUCGCCUCUCCCCGCCACCCAUUCCCCACCGCAGGACAGGCCAUGGCUGCGCAGGGCAUGAGCGGACAGGGAAUGGGCUUCGGCAACAUGAAUAUGAACAUGAGCAUCAAUCCAGCACAGCUGUUCGCCGGUGGCCCGGACUCGCCGAUGCGUCUCAGCAACCCUGGAAUGGCACAAGCUAUGGGUGGGAUGGGGAUGAACAUGUCCGGCAUGGGAAUGGGCAUGAAUAUGUCCAGCAGCGCAGAUGCGAUGAGCAUGAGCAUAGGCUCACCAGAUCCACGGCGGCGUUUGACACGAGGGAUGAGUGGAGAGGAUGGAUUCGGUGGCAUGCAUGGGUAG